UCGAUGUACUGUAUGGACAAAAAACUAUUAACUAACUUAGGAUGUAUAGUACACAACUUAACAUCUGCACGUUGUUAGUAACCUCUCGGUCCUCUGAAUCUUCUUCUACCAUCGAUCUGUGUGAAACAUAUAAAUACAUAUAAAUAUAUUCGUCAUAUAUAUAUACAUACAUACAACCAUUUAUGAUCUAAUUAUAAUUACGAUUGAAUGUUUGCACUCGAAGAACGCUUUAUGGAAGGCAAAGCACUCGUCAGGCACAGACUUGUCUUUCGUCCGUAAACACUCUUUGGGCGUGCGUUUAUGCUGCAACAGAGCAACAAUGUUAUUGCAGUAAACUCUUUCACGAGAUGUUAUUGUAUGAGGAUACAAGAAUACAGAAUGAUUAAAGUGAAAAAGAUUGUAUAAACACCACCGGAGAAACUCGUGGGAGGUUAACGUCACUGUAAAUGAGCACUAUGAUUUCUUACGAUUCGACAGCAAUCAGUUUCUAGCAAACACAUUUUUAAAUUUGCACGAAGAGAAGCGCAUCUUGACUUAUCCGUCAAUUGUUCGCCGUCAGUCGAAUAACGCAUCAUCUUGAAUGAUAGUUUGUAUCAGAACGUUCUUGAGAUACAGUGGUAGGUUAUGUUUCGUUCAUUUCGCAGUAGGAACCCUAACCUUCUACCAUAAUCAGUCUGUAACAACACAUAUGGCCAGCGAAAUCAGCCAAGGGCAAUCGGGCAAUUGUGAUCGGUGAACGGUCCAGUUAACAUCUGAAACGUCAUCGUAUUCUUCUACAUAAGUCAUUUUCGAAUAACGUUUAAGUCGAAAGAUCAGAAUUAACAAAGGAUACCGAAAGACAACGAAGUACAAGACAAAUGGUUUAUCAACGCGGCAAUCAAAGGGAAGGUUCCCCGCAUUAUGUAUUUUUGUAUUCAGAUGAUGAAGCCAGCCAAGAAGAAGAUGACAUUCCUCUGCAACCACGAAACAAAACUAUAUCAUUGCCACGUAAGGUGGAAGUGAUUAAUGUUCAGUUGAAGCCCGAGGACACUUUGCAAGCAUUGGCAGUGAGGUGCAGAUGCACGAUAUCCGAAUUAAAGAGAAUCAACAAGAUCCACAAAGAGAACGAGAUCUAUGCAAGACGGUUUAUAAAGGUGCCGGUUCAACCAUUCUCUCUGCUGACUGAAACCUUGGGAGAGAAUCCGAUUGGACAAGCCAGCACAAGCAGUGUAAGUAUAUCCGCUGAUGAAGAAGCUACCAGUACGUCUACACAAAAUUUGUCAUCAAAUAUAAUCAAGAGUCCAGUUGCAACUCAAUCACCAAACGCAGAGAUCAAUGCAAUAAUAUUGAAUUCAGUGUGUGAACCAUUAUCAUCAUACAAUAAUAGUAAUUCUUUAGAGAUUGUUAGCACAGAAUCUGAACAAUUGCUUGCAUCGUCGGACAGCAAUUCAAAUGACACUCAUUUAAUAGAUACAUUUAAGUGUUCUGGUGAUGACUGUGGAUUAUCCUGGACACACCUCCUUGGAUUUUCCCUAUUCUUAGGUUUGGCAGGGCCUAUCAUAUACAUACUUCUGACAAGAGCAUUCUCAUCUAAGCAUCAUUCGAUUACCAAUCACUAGCAAUAUUGUAAAAAAAGAAGUUGUAUCUGAAUAAGUGUGAACCUAGAAUCUCUACUUACUAAAACUAGCCAUUACAUGACUUGUAAUGACUUGCAAACGAUAUUUUAAGAUAUUAUUUUCUUAUAUUAAUAUUACAUCAUUGCGAUAAAUUUAUUACUGAAUAAUACAAAUAAGUUAUAUAAUACAUAAGUUAAAGUCCCUUCAUGAGUAUCUGAUGCAUUAAUAUGAUAGGUGAAUGCUAGUGCGUGUGUGAAUAUAAAUAUUUUUAUACUGAACAUUAUAUAAAUAUUAUACCAUUUAAUGGAGCAAUUGCCAAAGACAUUUCCAUUGGCAGUUGAGCUGCUCAUAAGGAUCUUGUUAAGCAGAACGAAAGAUAUACAUAUUCCUUUUUUAAGUUUUCUCUAUGACACGUGAUAUUAAGCGUUUUUCAAUCAUUCUUUGUUGUAACAACACUAAGAAUUAACGUACACUAUUAUUUGUGAUGUAUGCAUACAUUUUACAUUAUAUCAUUAAUGUUGUUGUUUCAAGAAAGUACAAACAAAUUACUACAAUUGAAUGACGCAUCUUUCUCUGUGGUAAUAUUUUUAUGUAAUUGUAACAAUAUGUAUUUUAUUGAACAGCUUCCGACGUUAUGUAAAACGAGCUUUUGAUAAUAUUUUCUUGUUAAAGUUUAUGAGAAAUACAUUUUUUAACACUAAA